UACCGCCAGCCGCCGCCCGUGCAGGCGCCGUACCAGCCACCACCGACCUCGUACGGCGCGCCCGAGCCGUACGCGCCACCGCAGCGGGACCCGCGCAUGAUGGCGCGCGACCCGCGUGGAGAUCCGCAUCCGCGACUGGCCCCGCCGCCGCAGCUAGGUGGCUUUCAGAGCGCGCCGCACGCGUUGCAGCCGCCGCCCUACGCGCCGCGCGGAGGACAUGGCGACCCGCGCCGGUCGCCGCCGGCCCCGUACGCUCCCCAGGGCGGCAAGUACGGAGGACGCCGCCCGGGCCCGGGCCGACGAUAG